UGUAGGAGUAAAAUGAGGCUGGUUUCAUUUGGGAGUCUCAGCAGAAAGCUGCAAUACUUACAUAGGGAGGGUGCGCAACAAGUUAGUAGUGCAAAGCCAGAGAACAGAGCGGCUGUUUGCAGAAAGUGCUUAAAACAGGACAGAUCGUGCAUGGUGCACCGGGACGGGUUCUAUUCCACUAACCAAAGUCCAAGAACGUGUCCGGCCGAGGAUGGAAGCCUUUCUGAGGCGGUAUCUGCCUUGCCUUGUCCGGCUCUGGAACUACAUCUGGCCACCCGCCAGUAUAACCUCCCCAAACAGUGACACGAAGAUUCAGUCGGUAACGGCAAGCGUUCCGCAGAACUCUGUCGUGCAAACCGGGAACACGGUGUUCACCAUUCGUCCACAGCCAGCUGCACCGGGCAGUGGCAAGUCGCCAGCACAGACGCCCGCAAGCACCGUGUACAAGGCUCUCUACGACUUCCAGGCUCGGAGUGAGGAUGAGAUGAGUGUACGGGAGGGUGACCGGUUAACGGUGCUGUCCGAAGACGGCGACUUUGUACUAGCCAGGAAGCUGACGGGACCACCCAGUGAGGGCUACGUGCCAGCCAACUACGUGACCAUCCUCCAACCCAGCCUACUGAACCAACCCUGGUACUUCGGAGAAAUGACUCGAGCAGAGGCAGAAAAACUACUGUUUUCACCACCCAAUAAAAACGGGUCCUUCCUUGUGCGUCAGAGUGAAUCAGAAGGGAGUGACUUCUCACUGUCAGUGCGUGGCAAAGGUAGACCCCAUCACUUUCGAAUAUUUACCUGCCCGAAUGGAGAUCUUUCCCUCAACAAAGAAAAUAAAUUUUCCAAUAUCUUCGACUUGAUCAACUAUUACAGACAGGAUUCAAAAUUCCAGUACCCUCUACAGCAUCACUGCAUCCAGGAGAACUGGUAUAACCUUGAGGAAUGGGAACGUCCUCGUACGGAGUUCAUAUUCAAAGAGAAGUUGGGAGAAGGCAACUCUGCAGAAGUCUGGGAAGGCAUAUGGAAAAAGAAAUACCCUGUAGCAAUUAAAGUUAUUAAAGGAGACUAUACAAUUCAUGAAGACUUAAUAAAGGAGGUAAUAGCCUUAAAGAAUCUGCGGCAUCCAAAAAUUAUCCAGCUGUACGGCAUCUGUACCAAAGGAUCACCCAUGUACAUUGUGAUGGAGCUUAUGAGAAAAGGAAACCUGAAGCAUUUCCUGGCAACUGCUGAAGGCUAUAAAUUAACCAUCGUGCAGCUCAUGAACAUGGCUCAUCAAAUUGCAGAAGGAAUGGAGUACCUGUCAAGCAAGAACGUUGUUCACAGAGAUCUUGCAGCUAGAAAUAUCCUUAUUGGUGAUAACCUGGUCUGCAAGGUUGCUGACUUUGGUCUGGCAAAACGAAUUAAGCAUGAAAUAGGCCGAACUAGUAAAAGAAUAAAGUUACCUGUGAAGUGGACUGCACCAGAGGCCGCAGUUACGCAGAAAUAUUGUAGCAAGUCAGAUGUCUGGUCAUUUGGAAUUUUACUUUUUGAGAUGGUCACUUAUGGUGAAACACCAUACAAAGAUAUGACAAACAAAGAGGUACUAGACAGGGUUACACAAGGUUAUCGAAUGCCCUGCCCAGAACACUGCGUCUCUCCUGUUUAUAGUCUUAUGCUGGAAUGCUGGGAUGCAGAUAUGCAGAAAAGACCAUCGUUCACUUCAAUACUAAGGAAACUUGAGAACAUUCAGAGUCAUCUUUGUAAACAGAGGAAAAAGUAAACGGUUUGUGUACUUGGCAAGCCUCUGGAGUCAUGGGAUAUCUAUGUCAAAUGACAAAAAAAAAGAAAUAUUGCAUUGGAUAAAUACUUCUGUUCUAUGCCAGCACUAAAUAAUGACUGAGUUUGGGGCAAUUAAAAUGCUCUGAAUAAUACUUCUUCAGUGGUCACUGCUGAAACUCUGCUUGUCUAUAGAGUUCUGUGGAUCAGAAUGUGAUAGACUAUGGUAUAACUCAUGUAUCAGACAAUGCAGACUGUCUAAGUUGGUAAUUAUGUAGCUAGGGAACUGGGCCUUCCACCCCUGGUAUGCAACCCCUGGAGCAUCUGCAUAUAUCUUUAUAGCAUUUCAGGCACUACAUAUAUACCAUAUAUGAAUAAACUGAAAUUUGUUUAAACAUCAACUUCAUUUUUACUUCCCUGUUUUCUCCAUAAUGCCAGUGAGUAUAUCUAUUAUCCCAAUGUCAAUGACUGGAACUGUAUCGAAUGAGCAUCAUUUGGAGUUAUCCUGUUUUUUUUGUCAGCAAGAAAGGUGCUGUUAACAAAGCUCCACCAAUAAGUCCAGAUGUUUCCAAGACAAGCAUAAUGCUCAUCAAUAGCUCAAUAAUUUUUCAGUCAUGUUUGUUUGGACAAGGAUUUAUGUGCUCGGUAUACAUAUUGAGCUCUGGGUGUUUGAGAUUACUAAACACAUCUCCAGCUAAAUCAAUUACUUAAAUUGGCAAACUGCGAACUCUGCAGAUGUUAAAAUACUACAUGUGAACUGGCCUUAACAUGCGGUAACCCAUAAAGGCUACCAGGGCCAGUUUUUUAAUAAAUAGUUAAUUUUCCAACUGGGAUUCCUAGGAAUUAAAGGCAUUACACAGUAAAGCAUAAAUUUGUUAUGCCAUAUUGGUCUGUGCUUCGGGAAAACACUGUGACUUUGUCAAUCACAGAAACUGCAAGGCCAUCGCAUAAGAUACUGCAGUGAGGUAAAAAAGAUGUAUGCCUCCCCCUUUGUAGAGAAAGGGACCACACAGCACUGAGGCCAGCAGUAUACCUGUCAUUGUGUUAAGGUGUAUACCUCACCUGUCACUGUAUUAAGGUGUAUACCUCACCUGUCACUGUGUAGCUGAACAAAAGAAUAACCCCUAUUCUCUAGCAGAGACUGGCCUUGGUGUUUUUACAAACUCCUUGCAAUGGGAGGGGGGCUACAGAUACUAUCGCCCCCAAUCUCUAUGCUACUCUAUUUUAUUUUGCAGAACAUAUCAUCACUUUGCACUGUAUUUUAUGAGGUGCAUGGCACCAUGGUGACCAGAUAAUAUAUAUAUGAGCAGAGUAACAAGAUUAAUCUAAGAAUAACAUCUUGACUGUUGAGCUAGAACCUAGUGCGUUGUUAGUAUGUUGCUACUUUGCCAUAAUGGAUGUUCAGCACCAUGCCUUUUAGACAACCAGUGAUUUAUCUAUCGAUGCAUUUCAGGAGAAGGCACAGUUGUGCGACACAACACUGCCAUAUACCAAAGACAUGGGUAUGCUUUCUGAAUCCCAUUCCCAUUUAUAAAAUAAAAGUAGAUGUGAUACACAAGUUGCCUUGGGGUGUUUAUGAUUAAGAGGGUAAACCUGUAUGCCUCACUGACACAUUUAAAAGGCUUCACUACAAAAUCCUAGGUCAUACGUGUCAAGUGAGAAAAUAUAACAUUAACUCUAUUUGUGGUAAACUGAAACUCUUUUUCCAGUGACAUGAGACAUUCCCAGUGGAUUACAAGUGUUUCUGCCUGCAUACCUUUCAAAUGAAGCUUACUAUGAGGAACGUUUCUCGUAUGGAGUCUAACAAUUCCAUGUCUCAUACGGUUCCACUCUGUAAGGGUCUGUCACACAUUCACUGUUAAGAGUUUUUUUAGGCAUAUAUCUGGUAAAUAUUAAUGAAUAUAUUAAUUCAACAAAGUAUGAAGUAACAGUUAUUAAACAUGUUCUGAUCUUCCUAGCUGAAGUUCUUAGCAUGUUUUGUACAUUGUGAGAGUUAGUAUUGCACAUGUUAUAGACAGAAGGCUGAGAGCGAUAGACUAUUUUGUUUUGGGGCUCAUUUCCAAAAGAGUUGCUCACUGAGAGCAGGUCUUUUGUAAUCUGUCCCCUGGUGUAAACCUAUUUAUAGACAGCCCUUACACCGAAGUAAGUCACUUACAGCUUUUUUGGAAUCUGUCCCUUUGUGUAUGUGUGCGUAUAUAUAUAUAUAUAUAGAG